GGAGUAGUGUGUGAACAUCGGAUUUCUGCCUUGUUUCCCUGCAGGUGAUUCAGAAACUUCACAAUGCGGCUGGAAGAACUCAAAAGGCUCCAGCACACCCUGGGACAGGUCAAUGAUGGCAAAGACUUGCUUCAAAGCCAUCACCUUGCCAUGGAUGAAGAAAACAAUAUUGAAAAAUAUCAUAUCAACUUACAGCCCUUGGUAUCAAAAGUGAAAAUCAUCCAGCAAGCAUGGCGUGACUACCUGCAGCGCCAGGACUUGCCACACCAUGAGCAGCUGGACAAGCGCAGUCCCUCCCUGCCGUCGCUCUCCUCUGACAAGAUGAGCAGGUCCAUCAGCAUGAACACCUUUUCCGACAGCAGCACGCCGGACUCCAGGGAGGAUGGGAUGGAUUUAGGGAGCGACGCCGGCAGCAGCCGCUCCAGCUCGGAGUCCAACUCCAGCAAAGCCACGCCGUGCUCGGAGGGCAAGUCCUCGCCGUCCCCCAGCAGCCUGGACCUGGCGGCGCUGGAGGACUCGGAGGAGGAAGAGGAGGAGGAGGAGGACGGGGGCUACCUGCCCUCCCCGCCGGCGCGCCGGGACCCGCCGCGCUGCCCCGCCGGCGAUGCCCGCUGCCGCGCCGCGCCCGCCCGCCGGAGCGGCUCGCCCGCCGCCGCCGCGCCCCGCCGCCCCGCUACCGCCCGCCCGCGGCCGCACCAGCGCCCGCCGCCGCUGCCCCCGCAGGAGCGGCGGAGCGGCGGGGUGGCGGGGCCGGGCGGGCGGCGGGGCGGUGGGGCACAGCCCCCGCGGGAGCCGCAGCCGCCAGCCAUGGACUGGGCAGCCCUGGAGAGGCACCUGGCGGGGCUGCAGUGCCGGGAGCAGGAGCGCGGCCGCCGGGCCAACCCCGCCUCGGCCCAGAAGAAUGAGCGGGAGUCAAUCAGGCAGAAGUUGGCUCUGGGCAGUUUCUUCGAUGAUGGCCCGGGACUUUACACGAGCUGCAGUAAGAGUGGCAAGCCAAGCCUCUCCUCCCGAUUACAAAGUGGGAUGAACCUGCAGAUUUGCUUUGUGAACGACAGCGGCAGCGACAAGGACAGUGACGCUGAUGACAGCAAGACAGAAACCAGCCUGGACACGCCGUUGUCGCCCAUGAGCAAGCAGAGCUCGUCCUACUCUGACAGAGACACGACGGAGGAAGAGUCGGAGUCCCUUGAUGACAUGGAUUUCCUCACCAGGCAAAAGAAACUCCAAGCUGAAGCCAAAAUGGCCUUGGCCAUGGCAAAACCCAUGGCCAAAAUGCAGGUCGAGGUGGAAAAACAGAACAGGAAGAAAUCGCCAGUAGCGGAUCUUCUGCCACAUAUGCCUCAUAUAAGUGAAUGCCUGAUGAAGAGAAGUUUAAAACCCACUGAUCUAAGAGACAUGACUAUCGGGCAGCUACAAGUGAUAGUCAAUGAUCUCCACUCACAGAUAGAAAGCUUGAACGAAGAGCUAGUGCAGCUGCUUCUCAUUCGGGACGAGUUGCACACAGAGCAGGAUGCCAUGCUGGUGGACAUCGAGGAUCUGACCAGACACGCUGAAAGUCAGCAGAAGCACAUGGCAGAGAAGAUGCCGGCAAAAUGAACCCCGGAGUCCCAGGAGCAGAGCUCAAGCGAUACUUCAUUUUGCUUCUGUGUGUGUCCAAGCUCUGAUGUCCACGGUGGCGCACAAGAAAACCAGUGUUAGUCAUUGACCAUGUCUGAAGCUUUAUGUCCGGUGAUUGGCCUCUGCUUCUUAAUUUAUUUUAAUUUUUUUACUCGUGCCACUAAAUAUCAGGCAUUUUAAUAAUAUUAUUACAGAAAAUGUACAGUACUUAUAACAUUAUAAAUCAUGGGUGAGAAGAAAGGGUAGUUUAACUUUAUUUUUGUUUGUUUAGAGAUUUUCAUUUGAAUGAAAUUUUACCAUUGACUACUUUUUUAUUCUUCACUGUAGUUUUAAAAUAAAGAAACUGUACUUGACGGUGCUAUACAAGUCAAAAAAUACAUGCCUGCCUCGUAGUGAAGUUGUAGCUUUCAGUAAUAUGUAUAUUUUAAUCAGUUUUCAACAUUUUGUGAAUGUUGACUACCUGACAUGCAUUUUUAGAUGUACUAUUAACAUUCAGUUGGAUUCAGAGAGUUACCUUGAAAGUUUUAUGUAUAAAUAUGUAAAAUAAAAAUUUAAAAAAUUGUUUCAUAUGAUACGUCUUUUUGUUGCCUAGUGGUUGACUUUGGUGAUGCACCAGUAAUGUAUUCCUCGAACCAAAUGUGCAAUUCCUAAUUUGUCAUCACCAGAAAAAGCCUUUUUUUUUUUUUUGCCAAUCACAUGAAAUUAUGGAAAGAAGACAGGAUUUUUGUAGAGUUAUUUAUUUGUAAGUUCAUAAUGUAUGUAUGACAUGGACUUAAGAGAUUCUUCUAUAAAAACAUUCACUGGGCCCUAAUAUUGUGACUAUUGUUAGAAUAAGCAGGCACAUACUAUAAAUGGGUUCUUUUUCUAUUUUAUUGUCUAGGCUAAAUAUUUAAAUGACUCACCAAUGUCAGAAAUAAAAAAGAAAAUCUAUGUUAACAAUCAAAGCAGCAUAUUAAAUGUAUUAUAUAUGGUAAUUGCUCACCUCUCUGCCUUCGGGUUGGGCUCCCCGUUAGCAGCCGUAUUCAUCACCCGAGUGCUGGAUGUGUCCUCCCCUGCGCGUACAGGAAGAGGGACACGGGGAGACUAAUAGGUCUGUCUCCAUCCCUCAUUUAUUUGAUUUAAUGCUGGAACAGCUCGGCCAGCCCCUUCCUAAGGCUGCCCAGCCAUAGCCAGCAGCAGACAUGCAUCUCACACACACCAGCUUUUUACAUUUUCAUUCUUUUUUCCUUGGGGGCAAAUUCAUCUUAGCGAAGGGUCUGGCUAAUGACUUAUUCAGGGUGUUUUCAGAAAAGCAUGAGCUGCAUUAAAAUUUCAUCCCCUACCAAGAAUGUAUUUUAUAAAAUGAUUAUUUCCCCCUUCUUUUCGCACAUUACGGAAGUGCCAGCCCUUAGCGGGGCAGGGCAGGAGAGGGUUGAUUUAACUUAGGAUUGUUUUUCUUUUCCCCGGAGGAAAUGCUCCGGGGGCAUUCCAGUGGACAGUCCCUAGCCUGCAGCCCCCGUGGGGGGCCAAGUCCUGUGUCCCUGGUGGGCAGUGUCCCCUGAGCAGGGAGCUGUGCCUGCCCCAGGGGGGUGGCUUUAACAGAGAGAUGCUGGGAUGGGUUCAGCUGCAGACCAGGGAUGAUGUAAACUCUUUUAUUUUGCUUUUAUUUUCUUUACACUUUACUUGCAGAAAAAUAUAUAUAUAUUGGGGGUGUUAGUCUCCCUGUAGCUCUUGGUUGGCUUGAUGCUGUUGCCUGCAUGUGGGGAGACCUGCUGGGUUUUAUGUUUCUGCUCUGUAAAAGGCUGUGUUUGCAAUGCUCUGAGGCUAAAAUCAUCUCUGUGGAGCACAGAGCUGGUGCCCCCAUCAGAAGCAGCUGUUCAGGUAUUGGUGAGGAGGUGCAUGCCACUGGAUUUAAAGUAUGGACAGCAAAAUCCCCAGAUAUGAAAAGGUUGCUCUCAGCUUUCAAAAGAAAAAAAAAGCCAGAAAGCCCCGGGUGCUCCCAGGGAACCCCCCACAGCCUCCAGCAGCAUCAUCCCUGGCAUCGCACCCACCACGGCCCAGCUGUGGGGCACCAGGGUGAGGCAGCCUGGUCAGGCUGGAGUUUUGUUCCCUUGCUAAGUGCCUUUAACUUGCUGAAGAGAACUAGUUAUUCCAGUCACCUAUUGCUGGUUUUCCCCCUUACGCCCUUUGGGGGUUGGGGUGUUUUUUUAAGAAAAAGCGUGUUUCUGGGUAACUGCAUCUCCUUGGCUCUGUGUCCCAUGUACUGAGGUGUCAUGCUGGUGUGUAUGAUGGCAAUGCUGUGGAAUUAAUGGAUUAAAUGACGUUUUUAAAAGA